UUUAAUUUUGAAUUUUUAUUGAGUUGUGUUGUUAUAGCAACGUCAUUGUAUACAAAUGUUUUUCAACUGAGUCGUGCAGUUCUCAGUAAGCCAGUAAAAAUAUUUAAUAACUGUUUAAAACAAUGUAAACAAUUUCGAUAAAAAUAGUGUUAAUAACUUUUUAUAAUUCAAAGAAUAAAUAAUUUAAAAAUGGGUGAGGAAGAUAAUAAAAACCAGCUUGAAAAUACUAAAGAAAGAUCGAUUAUAAUAAUUGGCAGUAAAGGAGUAGGUAAAACUACAAUGGCAUAUAGAUUUCUUGAAAAAGAAGAAAUUCCAAAGCCAACAAUUGCAAUGGAUUAUUCAUUUGGAAGAAAAGCAGGAAAAAGUUUGGUAAAAGAUGUAAUACAUAUUUGGGAAGUUGGUCAUCUAUCAUCAUCAUUAAUAUCAGCCGCAAUGACUGGUGCAAGUUUAACGCAUUCCCCUCGUCAUAUUACUCUUGUAAUUGUUUUGGAUUUAACAUCUCCAGAUGUUCUUUGGUCGAUAUUAGAAGAGAGUUUAACAGCUGCACGUUGUGCUUUAAAAAUGAGUUUUUCAAAUGAUAUCAUUGAGGAAAUGAAGAGCCACCGGAUAAAUGAAAUCCGUCGAUCUAGUGAAAAACAAAUUGAUCCGUUCCCCAUGAAAUUAUGUAUCGUGGGAGGAAAAUAUGAUGAAUUUAAAGAUUUUGAUUUAAAAAAAAAACAAAUUAUCGGACGUACAUUGCGUGCUGUUACCUGUAAUUUAGCUGCUGAUUUGCAGUAUUAUUCAUCAAAAGACAGUGGACUUGUUAGAAAAAUGAAAGAACUACUUUCACAUCAUGGUUUUGGUAAUCAUCCAGUAAAAGGCUGCUGUAGUGAUUACAGACAAGCCCUUUGGAUACCAGCCGGAACUGAUUCAUUCACUGCAAUCGAUUUUGUUAUUUCAUCAUCUCGACCUUCCUCAAUACUAGAUAUAAUAAAACGUAAUUAUGAAAAUGAAUUUCCUCAAAAAUCAAAAGACACUGAAAAAGAAUUUGAGGAUCCAAUUAAUGAUCCAAAUUUUAAUGAACCAAUUAUUGAUCGUUUACGACUUCAACGAGAAGAGGAGAUUGCUGUUAAUCUUCAAGACAUGAUGGAGGGUCGUACACCCAGGAUAAUAAUUCCAGAACCCUAUUAAAAUAUCCGCUAUU